CGCAUGAAACAAUUUUCCCACAUAGAAAACCCCCUCUCUAGAAUAAAAGACAACCUCAACAGCACAGGUCUCUCUCACCUCAAACCAGUGAGCCUUUCUCCGUCUCAACACCGGAAAGCAUCUCUCUCUCACAUAAAGGCACAGGCGGCCAUGGACGAAGCAGAUGGCUUAGCCGAGAUGAUAGACGCUCCUUGCUCUAAUGGUGUCGACCAGAAACGCCCUAAAGCUAUAAUGAGCGGAGAGCACCUUGAUGUUGAGGCUUACGCUUCUCUCUAUAGCGGGCGCACUAAGAUCCUUCGCCUUAUUUUCAUAGCAGAGCACUGUGGUAACCCGGUUACCCAGAUAGAGGCAGUUCGGAUGGCCUACGAUGAACUUAAGAAGGGGGAGAACACUCAGCUAUUAAGGGAAGUUGCAGAGAAGAUUAAUGGGAACUUGGGGCCUGAAUAUGGAGUGGACUACGCUUGGAUUCACAGCGUGGAGAGAAGAGCUGAGCAGAGAAAAGAGAAGCUCGAGAAUGAGCUUAGUGGCUACAAGACAAAUAUGAUAAAGGAAAGCAUUAGGAUGGGAUACAAUGACUUUGGAGACUUCCACUAUGCUCGUGGUUUGCUAGGGGAUGCUUUUAAGAAUUAUGUUCGUACUCGAGAUUAUUGUACCACAUCGAAGCACAUAAUCCAGAUGUGUUUGAAUGUGAUUUUGGUUAGCAUUGAGACAGGCCAGUUUAUGCAUGUCACAAAUUAUGUCAACAAAGCAGAACAAACUCCAGAAUUGCAGGAUCCUAUUAUAACUGCGAAACUAAAAUGUGCCGCAGGAUUGGCUCAUUUGGAGGCAAAGAAAUAUAAACCUGCUGCUCGCAAGUUUCUCGAAACAGGCCCUGAACUUGGUAAUAAUUAUACGGAAGUGAUCGCUCCACAAGAUGUUGCCACUUAUGGUGGGCUCUGUGCACUUGCAUGUUUUGACCGUACGGAACUUAAGAAUAAAGUUAUAGACAAUAUCAACUUUCGAAAUUUCUUAGAACUGGUUCCUGAAGUGAGGGAGCUCAUACAUGACUUUUAUGCAAGCCGUUAUGCCUCCUGCCUAGAGUAUCUUGAGAAUCUCAAACCGAACCUUUUACUGGAUAUCCAUCUCUAUGAUCAUGUGGAAACACUCUAUGAACAAAUUCGCCAUAAAGCAAUUAUUCAAUACACACUCCCAUUCAUUUCUGUUGACCUCCGUACUAUGGCUAGUGCCUUUAAGACAACUGUUGCUGGGCUGGAAAAAGAACUCGAGGCCUUGAUCACUGAUAACCAAAUUCAGGCCCGCAUUGAUUCACACAACAAAAUUCUCUACGCUCGACAUGCUGACCAAAGGAAUGCCACAUUCCAACGUGUUCUGCAAACUGGUGUUGAAUUUGAUAGGGAUGUACGUGCCAUGUUGCUGAGAGCCAAUCUAGUGAAGCAUGAAUAUAUUCAGAGAAACUCAAGAAAAAACUGAUCCAAUGAGUGCUAUAGUUCCAUUACUUUCCAAUAGACCGUAAAUCCAAGAAACCCCUUUGUCUAUAAAAUGUACUGUAUGGUCAACAUGGGAGAUCACUUUUUUUGCCCAAGAGGGAAUGAGACCUGAGUUCACACAGAAAGGUGCUCAUCUUCUAUAUCAUUGACUUCCUGGAAAGAAGAAACUUCUCUCUAGACAAAAUUCGAGUUUGGUCAUCGGUUACAGGAUCGAAACUUGAUGAUUUUGAGAUACAGUCUCUUAGGCGGGAGCCUUCUUCCAUAUACAGUUCUCUUCCUUUCUGUAAAGUUUUCCCUUGUGCUCUGUUCAUGCUUAUCAUAGGGCUCUUUUUGAUGCCUUUCCGAGAUAUUUCUAUUAUUAUCAGCUGCAUUUGGAGCUUGAGAUCGACAAUGCUUGUAACGAAGAUUUGGUCAAGAUCUGCAACUAUAAGGUUCAGUUGUUACUGGUUGUUUGAAGUUCUGAGGGGUGUGUCAUGCUAUUGAUUUUUUCUGCUGAAUUAUUUUGCA